ACUUUCUUAACUGACCUCUCUACAUCUUCAGAUUUCUUUCUGCUCUUUGUAUCUUCUUUAAUUAGAACUUUAUAAUCCAUUUUUUCGCGUACAUAAAUACAUAUCUUCUUCUUCCUUGUAUACAUAUACAACUUAAUUAGGCUUCUGGGUUUGGGGUUUUUGUCUUGAAUUCCAUUCAUAUUCUUUCUGGAUAUGGAAGAUCAGGCUGUUGUCGAUGCCAAAGGGAAAGAAAUCCUUGAUCUGCCCCCCGGGUUUCGGUUCCACCCUACGGAUGAGGAGAUCAUAACUCAUUAUCUUACUCAGAAGGUAAUGAAUAGCAGGUUCAGUGCAAGUGCUUUUGGGGAAGUUGAUUUGAACAAGUGUGAACCUUGGGAUUUACCCAAGAAAGCGAAGAUGGGAGAAAAAGAAUGGUAUUUCUUUUGCCAGAGAGAUAGGAAAUAUCCAACAGGGAUGAGGACAAACCGUGCAACAGAGGCUGGAUACUGGAAGGCCACCGGAAAAGAUAAAGAGAUCUUCAAGGGAAAAGGCUGCCUUGUAGGGAUGAAGAAGACCCUUGUCUUCUACAAAGGGAGAGCUCCAAAAGGGGAGAAAACCAAUUGGAUCAUGCAUGAGUACAGACUCGAAGGCAAAUUUUCUUACUACAACCUCCCUAAGGGUGAAAAGGAUGAAUGGGUGGUGUGUAGGGUUUUCCACAAAAACACAACCAUCAUGAAAAAACCAAUUCCUGAGCUUUUGAGGACCAAUUCAUUUGGCGAUGACUUUUUGGAUUACUCCUCCUUCCCAACUCUCCUGGAUACUCCUCCUUACACCUCCACCUCCGACCACCCCAACUCAAGCUUUUUAGUUGGGGAAGGAGACGAGGAAUUCAAUGUCACUUCAUCAUCAAGAUCUGCAGAUGGGAACUACCUCAGCUCCCAUGGCUUCCCCAACAUUCUGCAGCCGCCUCCAAACACGGGCUACCAAUCAGGAAUGUCCGUUCACCAACCUCAAAUAAUUCCACUGCAAAACCCUCUUUUCCCCUACCAAUCCUCCCCAAAUUCUGCACGCUUGUACCAGGGGAGGAGCGUCACCAGGUUUGGGGGCAAUGAUCAGGCCAUUUUAAAAGCUUCCGCAUCCAAGGAAAACACCAGGCAGUGCAAGGUAGAACAGUUUGCUUCUAACCAGUCUAUGGUACCUCUCUCUCAGGACACUGGGCUCAGUAUCGAUAUGAACAACGAGAUUUCGUCCAGGAUCGAAAUUGAGAGCAUCAAGUCUCAUGAAGAUAUGGAAGAUUUAGAAUGUUUGUGGAACUACUAAUGAUCAUCAUGAAUUCAUGAAAUUAAUUCCUUAGCCUGUUUUAAUUUUUUUCUUAAUAGAUUGUAUGAAUUUCG